CCCGCCGCCAUGACCGAGGAGCCGUACGAGAAGUUCCUGGCCCCCGAGGAGCCGUGCCCGCUGCUCUCGCACCAGCACCCGCCGCGGGGCGGCAGCUUGAGCCUGAGCGAGGAGGGCUGCCUGGACGUCAGCGACUUCGGCUGCCAGCUCUCGUCCUGCCACCGCACCGACCCGCUGCACCGCUUCCACUCCAACAGGUGGAACUUGACGUCUUGUGGAACCAGCGUAGCCAGCUCGGAGUGCAGUGAGGAGCUCUUCUCAUCAGUUUCAGUUGGUGAUCAAGAUGACUGUUACUCUCUGUUGGAUGACCAGGAGUUCACCUCUUUUGAUUUGUUCCCCGAGGGUAGUGUCUGCAGUGAUGUCUCUUCUUCUAUCAGCACAUACUGGGAUUGGUCAGACAGUGAGUUUGAAUGGCAGUUGCCUGGCAGCGACAUUACAAGUGGGAGUGAUGUACUUUCUGAUGUUAUACCUAGUAUUCCAAGCUCUCCUUGUCUGCUUCCGAAAAAGAAAAACAAGCAUAGGAAUCUUGAUGAACUUCCAUGGAGUGCAAUGACAAAUGAUGAACAGGUUGAAUAUAUUGAAUAUUUGAGUCGCAAAGUCAGUACAGAGAUGGGCCUUCGAGAGCAACUUGAUAUUAUUAAAAUUAUUGAUCCUACUGCUCAGAUAUCACCUACAGAUAGUGAAUUCAUUAUUGAAUUGAACUGUCUCACAGACGAAAAACUGAAACAGGUGAGAAACUAUAUCAAGGAACAUGGACCUCGCCAACGGUCUGCAAGGGAAAGCUGGAAGAGGAGUAGCUACAGUUGUGCGAGUACCAGUGGUGUGAGUGGUGCCAGUGCCAGCAGCAGCAGUGCCAGCAUGGUCAGCUCAGCAAGCAGCAGUGGUUCUAGUGUUGCUAACUCCGCUUCAAACUCGAGUGCCAACAUGAGUCGAGCGCACAGUGAUAGUAAUUUGUCCACAAGUGCUGCAGAAAGAAUCCGGGAUUCAAAAAAACGUUCCAAGCAACGGAAACUACAGCAAAAGGCCUUACGCAAGAGACAGCUGAAAGAACAAAGACAAGCUCGUAAGGAAAGACUGAGUGGAUUAUUUCUUAAUGAAGAAGUGCUCUCUUUAAAAGUGACUGAGGAGGACCAUGAAGGAGAUGUGGAUGUUUUAAUGUGACAGGGAUGAAUUCAUCAGUGUUCUUUCUAAGCCUUAAAUGUAUUAUCCUUAUUGUUUACAUAUAUUUUUUGACCAAAUUUUGAUUAGUGUUAACAAUAUAAACCAGAUCUUUUCUAAAGUGUAAUUUUGGUAAGAAGGUCUAAGUAUUGAGUAACUUCAGCUUUUUGAGACUAAUUUUGCAACAAAGACUUCAGAAACUUAACUGUCUUCUGAAAAGCUGCUGAAUAGAUACAAUUUUAAGGACAUUUGAACUCGGCUAACAUGCUAACUUACUUGCAAGACCUAAGUCUAGGGGUGCUUUUGGAUGACACUAAGCAUGCAUUACUAUGCUUCAGCUUUUUUGUUUUUUUCCAACUUAGAGUUAAUAUUACACUUGGCUUGUUCUGUCUUCCUUUGCAAUUAUUAGGAAGAUUGUUUAGCAUGAGGAAAAAAUAUUUAGUUCUAUAGAGGUUUCUUCAGUCUUGCUCUUGCAUCAUACAAAAAGUACUGUGAUAAAUCCUUUUCUAGAAGUUGCGAUUUAACUGAAACUACACAGAAAACAAGAAGCAGGACUUCCAAUGCAGGGAAUCUGUAACACAAAUAAUGCCUAAUAAUUUAGUUCUUUAGGAAGCAAUUAGAAUUCAAAAAAACAACUUGCAAGCUUAGUCUUCAGAAAGUUAUUUUGCUGCUCAAUAUCUUAUAGUAUGAUUGCUACUAAUGGUUGACCAGUACAUCCCUAGUAUUGCUAUGAAAAGAUUCAAAUAAAAACAUCUUUAUGCAUUGAAAGUACACUAAUCUGCAAUUAAGUUGUCUAGGACACUACUUAGAAUAGUUAAAAAUGCUAUUGGAAACAGAAGUGCAAACAAGUGGCACACAACUGUGGUGGUUUUUUUCCCCAGAAGCAUAUCGAAAUAGAUUCAUGUUGUUGGCAGGAGAACUUAAUUAAUGCAGCUGUGCGUUUUAAUUGUAUGUUUAGCUGAGGAUGUGUCUUCUGUGUGGGUUGUUACACCAUUACAUGUUUCAGAAUUCCCCUUUUGUUGUCUAUCUGCUUUUGAAAUUUCUCUUGCUAAGAAAAUGAGGUAAAAUGGUGGCUUCCAGGUAAGGAGGUAAAAGUAGUUCUAACCUUUUUCCUGAUUCUGACGAUCUGUAAGGUGACUUUUGUCUUCAUCUUGGAACUACUUGUUACAGAACUCCUUCCCCCCACAGCUGAGAUAAAAGUGAUACUUCUAAAUUUCAAUGUGAAACUUAAAAGAUUAUACAAGU